AGAAGAAAUAAAUCCCUAAAUCACAAAGAAUCGUCAGCCACAAUUUCAAUAAACUCUGCAUCCAGAUUUGAUUUCCUCAACUCUUCUGAAUAAAAUAAUCUCUUUUGACUUCAAAUAUUUUCAAUAAAUAAAGUCUGCCCUCUAUUGCGUUUGGAGCUACAGAAUCACGUUAAACCCUCAUUUUCCUCAUAUUCUAAUUCUCCUCCAAUGUCGAUUUCUGGCAUCCAUGGUCAACUUCUCGAAGUUACUGUUGUUGGUUGUAGUAAAUUGAAAAACACCGAGUGGAUUUCUAGGCAGGAUCCCUACGUUUGUCUCGAAUAUGCGACCACCAAGCAUCGUACUCGCACUCACACAGAUGGAGGGAAAAAUCCCACGUUUCAAGAGAAAUUCGUGUUCACCUUGAUCGAAGGGUUGCGUGAAUUUUCCGUUGUAGUCUGGAACAGCAAUACUCUCACCUUCGACGAUUUCAUUGGCACCGGAAAGAUUCAAUUGCAGAAAGUUCUGUCUCAGGGUUACGACGAUAGCUCGUGGUCUCUUCAGGACAAACGCGGAAGGCACGCCGGAGAAGUUCGAUUAAUAAUGCACUACGCUGAUGCCAGUAAACCAGCCAAACCACAGGCUUCAGCACCAACUCCAUCAGCUCCACCAUAUACAGGUGGACCAGCGCCUCAUGCUCCGCUAUACUCCGCACCUCCAGUAUUACCACCCUACCAUCAAACGAGCUUCGCCUCGUCACCACUCGUUCAUUCAUACCCUCCAAAUUCUUCUCCAUAUCCUCCAUCACCAUACCCUUAUCAGCCAUCCGCAUACCCUCCUCAGCCAUCCGCAUACCCUCCAACUUACCCUCCCACUUCAUCAUAUCCUCCUCUGCCACAUUCGACUUAUCCUGCUCCGCCACCUCACAACACUUACAAUUAUCCUCCAGGUUCAUAUCCUCCGGCUCCUUACCCACCUCCUCACUACUAAGACACACUUUUGUCGAGGCAGUCGAGAAAAUCAGACAAUCACUGUCUGAUUGUGUUGUGUGAUUGGUUAGUUGCUUGGUAAUUUCUUUGUUCGUUGUAACUUUACGGUUUUGUUGUGGUUCUUGGUUGAUGAAUUUGUUUUUAUGCAAGGAAAAAAUGUUGAUAAUAGAAGUUAAGAAUUUGUGAUCUUCCAUUUUUUUUUUUCUCUUCCAAAUUUUAUAUUAGGCCCAAAGUUUUCCAGGGUUUUAUGUUGGGCUUUUUCAAUAUUUGAUGCUUUCUGAAAUAAAUGUAUAUUUGCAUGACGUUUUAGUGUUAAAUAUGAAAUAAAAACACAUUUAUUGAA